AUGAUGGGAUCGGAUGCCCGCGACAUGAUGGGGUUGCCCACUGCAGCCCCCCCAAAGCCUGCUCCUACGAAAGCACCAAAGCCCAAGGUGAAGGGUCCAAGUGGCAUGGCAAGGGAAGUCUUAGACCUUAAUUUUGAGGGCGCACCUCCUAUAUCAAUCGUUGCGCCAAAGUUCAAAGAGAAGCCGAAGCUUCCAUUUAAGCCUCGAAGAUGGGAGCAAAAGCCUUUCAUGAAUUCUGCCAGAAAAGAUGGGUUCAUUCUACGUCAUUGGAGGAGGGAAGGAGAAGCGCCGACGAAUGUGACAGGCCUGCCUGCAACCCCGGCAGACUCGAAUGCUGCAUCGGAGAUGGAUACGGAUGACAAGGGUACGAGCGGCAUAGAAGACUCACGUUGGACAAAAUACAAUGUGAAAGUCGCUCGACCGCAAUACUCGCAAGAAGAGUACGUGACCCAUCUCAAAAAUGAAGACUGGAGUAAAGAGGAGACAGACUAUCUUUUGGAUCUUGCUACGGAUUUCGACUUACGCUGGGUCAUCGUUGGAGAUCGGUAUGAGUACAUUUCAUCUACGUCCCCACAAGACCAAACCUCGGGUACAGUGGAAGUUGAUCAACCCGAACCACAAGCAAAAUCCAGAACGACCGAGGAUUUGAAGGCCCGCUACUACACAGUCGCUGCGAAGUGUAUGACACUCCGAACGCCGUUAUCCAGCAUGAAUCCUACCGAGUUUGACACUCAUGAAAAGAUGACAAAGUAUGAACCAAAGCGGGAGGCGCUCAGAAAACAGUACGCUGAAAAGUUAUUCCGCCGCUCACCAGAAGAAGCGCACGAAGAGGAGCUCCUGUUGAAAGAACUAUCGCGUAUAGUGAUCAACCAAGAAAAAUUAUACCAGGACCGAAAAGCACUUUACGAUCGACUUGAAGCACCUCGGCCUAUCAAUCCUGCUGCUGCCCACGCAUCGACUACCGUCUACCAAUCGUCUCAAGGCUUGCACCAGCUCAUGCAAAGUAUGAUGCAACAGCAAAGAAUCAGAGAAACAGAGCGAAGAGAGAAGCGUCGUGCGACUCUUGGUAUCGACACCGAAAAUGCAAAUAGUCAAAAUGCUCUUGAUGGCAGAGCUCAACGCGGCUCUAUCGGUAGCGCUUCGACAAUGCACGACAAGCGUCAAUCACAUCCGACUCCGCAACAUCGUCCCCUUACACAUAGUGAACGCGCCAAAUUUGGAGUCUCUUAUCCCCAAGAACGCCUCACGUCAGGUGUGCAGUUUCGGCACGAGCGGGUAGUAAAAGCUUCGCAGGCGAAGUCUGCAGUGCAAACUUCCAGGAUCAAUGAUGCUUUAGCGGAGCUAGGAAUACCGCCGCGACUCUCGAUGCCUACCGCGAAGGUUGUUACAGAAUAUGAACGACUGAUUGAAGGCGUCAAAACGCUAGUCGAGGUACGCAAAUUAAAAGAGAAGGUCGAAGGGGAAAUCAAAAUCUGGGAGCAUCAGAAAAUGCUCGCUGAUGGUGGUGGGGAAGAUAUUUUGAUGGAACAAGCAGCUCCUAAAGCCGAAGAAGGAGAUGUCGAGGAAGAGGCUGAAUAUCAUGCAGAAGAGGAGAAAGUAGACAUGAGAGCUGAUAGCGAGGAUGAACAGGGCGAGUCAAAGAUGGACGGGGUGGGAGAAGAUGAUGCCAACAUUGAGGCUGAAGAAGACGAGGCAGAAGAGCAAGAUGAGAAUGAAGCAAUUCUUGAUGAAGACGUGGACGAUCAAGAUGAUGAGUUAGAUCAAGAUGCAGAGGGGUCGGAUGCGAGUGCGGACGGAGACGAAGAAGAUGUCGAAGAUGCUGAAGACGAAGCAGAAGAAAGCGGCGUCGAAGAUGAGGAAGAAGAUGAGAACCCUAGCCCCAAAGCUGAGGAAGGCGAAGAAGAUGGGGAAGACGUACAGGAAGAAGAUACAGACCGCGCAAACGGAGUGGAACCCGAGGCUGAUUUUGAUGAAUCUGCGUCGAUAAAGUCCAGAUCUCGACGAAAGCGAAGCGCUAGUGUGAUGAGCUCUGUGAGCACCAAAAGCUCGAAACGACAACGGAAAUGA